AUGCUCCGGAAUAGCCGACAGGGCGCCACGGUGGCCAGCAUCCGCCGGGCCAUUCAACAAGGGCUCGACCGACCCGAGAGCCCGGCACCCACAGCAUCGCUGAGCAGCCGGUCAGCGCAGGUAGUGCCCGACCUGUUCGAGCAGGCGAAUGUGAACUUUACCGACAAGAAAUGGGUCUGGGUGCCGCACGACAAGGAAGGGUAUAUUGCCGGGUACGUGGUCAAGGAAGAGGGCAACGACAUGGUUGUGGUACACCUAAUGUCUGGGCGUGACAUAUCAGUCAGGCUGAGCGAGACAGAAAAGGUCAACCCGCCAAAGUUCGAAAAGGUGGACGACAUGGCCGACCUGGGCUACCUCAACGAGGCCUCGGUGGUGCACAACCUCAAACAACGCUACGCCUCAAACAUGAUAUACACGUACUCGGGGCUGUUCCUGGUUGCCGUCAACCCCUACUACAACCUGCAGAUAUAUGGGCCCGAGUACGUGGCGGCGUACAAGAAUAAGAAGCGCAGCGAAGUCGUGCCGCACAUCUUUUCGAUUGCUGACGCGGCAUUCCACGAUAUGCUGCACUCGAAGGAAAACCAGUCGAUUCUGAUCACGGGCGAGUCGGGUGCAGGAAAGACGGAGAACACAAAAAAGGUCAUCCAGUACCUGACGGCGAUCGCUGGGGACCACCACAAGACCGUGGGCGGCGUCAGCGGCAGCAGUCUGGAGCAGCAGGUGCUGAGCGCCAACCCGAUUCUGGAGUCGUUCGGCAACGCGCAGACGAUCCGCAACAACAACUCGUCGCGAUUUGGCAAGUUCAUCCGCAUCGAGUUCAACUUUGCCGGGCAGAUCGCCGGCGCCAACAUCGAGUGGUACCUGCUCGAGAAGCCGCGCGUCACCAACCAGUCGUCGCAGGAGCGCAACUACCACGUGUUCUACCAGUUCAUGAAGGGCGCCGAGAAGAGCGUUAAGGACAAGCUGCUGAUCGACCGCGGGCCCGAGGGGUACACGUUCACCAAGAAGUGCCGGCAGACGAUCCAGGGUGUCGACGACCGCGCCGAGUUCGAGACGCUGGUGCGCGCGAUGACGACGACGGGGUUCCGGCCCGAGGAGCAGACGGACCUGUUCCGGAUCAUCGCGGCAAUCCUGCAUCUGGGCAACAUGCAGUUCCAGGCGACGCGCAACGACGAAGCGGUGCUGGGCGAGCAGGUGGCGGCCGAGAAGCUAUGCCACGUGCUGGGCAUCCCGCUGUCGGACUUUACGCGCGCGCUGCUGCGACCCAGCAUCAAAGCCGGGCGCGACUGGGUGACGCAGUCACGCACGCUGCAGCAGGUCAUGUACUCGGUCGAGGCACUGGCGCGGUCGCUGUACGAGCGCAUGUUCGGCGCGCUGGUGGGGCGCAUCAACUCGGCAAUGCAGCGGCCCGAGGGCAAGUCGACGUUCAUCGGCGUGCUGGAUAUUGCCGGGUUUGAGAUCCUGGAGACCAACUCGUUCGAGCAGCUGUGCAUCAACUACACCAACGAGCGGCUGCAGCAGUUCUUCAACCGCACGAUGUUUGUGCUGGAGCAGGAGGAGUACAAGCGCGAGGGCAUCGAGUGGAACUUCAUCGACUUUGGCAUGGACCUGCAGCCGACCAUCGAGCUGAUCGACCGCACCAAGCCCAUCGGCAUCAUGUCGUGCCUGGACGAGGAGUGCGUGAUGCCCAAGGCGACCGACAAGACGUUCACCGAGAAGCUGCACGGGCUGUGGGCCGGGCGCUCGGACAAGUACGACGUGCCGCGGUUCGCGCUGGGGUUCAUAGUGCGGCACUACGCGUCGCAGGUCGAGUACAGCACCGAGGGCUGGCUCGAGAAGAACAAAGAUCCGCUCAACGAGAACGUGACGCGGCUGCUGGGCAACUCGGCCGAGCCGUUCGUCGCGCAGCUGUACGCAGACUGCGGCGAGCCCAGUGCCGGCGGCGGCAGCGGCAGCGGCAGCGGCAUGGGUGUUGGCGGCGGCAGCGCGCGCGUAGCCACGACGCUCAAGCGCGGCGCGUUCCGCACGGUCGGUCAGCGGCACAAGGACCAACUCAACCUGCUGAUGGCGCAGCUCAACGCGACGCAGCCGCACUUUGUGCGCUGCAUCCUGCCCAACGGCGACAAGCGCGCCGGCGUCAUCGACACGCCGCUGGUGCUGGACCAGCUGCGCUGCAACGGCGUGCUGGAGGGUAUCCGCAUUACGCGGCAGGGCUUCCCCAACCGCGUCGCGUUCCCGGAGUUCCGGCAGCGCUACGAGAUCCUGGCGCCCAACACCAUCCCGCGCCAGGUCUUUGUCGACAGCAAGCAGGCGGCGUCGCUGCUGCUGGGCGCGCUGCACAUGGACGCAGCCAAGUUCCGGCUCGGCCACACAAAGGUGUUCUUCCGCGCCGGCGUGCUAGCCGAGCUCGAGGAGGAGCGCGACAUUGAGCUGUCCAAGAUCAUCACGCAGCUGCAGGCCGUCGCGCGCGGCGCGCUGUCGCGCGGCCGCUUCCGCCGCCGCAUUGAGCAGGCGCGCGCCAUCCGCGUCAUCCAGCGCAACGCGCGCGUGUACAACCAGCUGUGCGAGUGGCCGUGGUGGAAGCUGUACCGCACCGUCAAGCCGCUGCUGCACGUGACGCGCGUCGACGAGGAGAUGCGCAAGCGCGAGACGCGCAUUGCCGAGCUGCAGGCACGCGUCGACAGCGAGGCCGCGGCGCGUCGCGAGCUGGAGGCGACGAGCCAGGACAUGGAGCGGGCCAAGGCCGCGGCCGAGGCGCUGCUGCAGGCCGAGCGCGGUGCGGCGCUGGACCAGGAGGAGAUCCUCAAGCGCACACAGGAGCGCGGGGUGGCGCUGGAAGACAGCCUGCGUGAGCACGCCGCCAAGCUGGACGAGCUCGAGGAGCUGUGCGCCGACCUGGAGGCGCAGGCGGCCGAGGCUGUGCAGCUGCGUGACGAGGCUGUGCGGCUGCGCGACGAGGCCAGCGAGGCCGCCGAGUACCGCUCCGCAUUGGAGGCCGUCGAGGCCGACCACUCAGGCGCGCUCGAGCGCAUCGGUGCGCUGGAGGCCGCGCUGGCGCAGGCACGCGCGUCCAGCGACGAGCUGGCCGAGGAGAGCCGGCUUGCCGAUGAGAGCCGCCGUGACGAGGCCGCUGAGUACCGCUCCGCACUGGAGGCCGUCGAGGCCGACCACUCAGGCGCGCUCGAGCGCAUCGGUGCGCUGGAGGCUGCGCUGGCGCAGGCGCAGGCGCGCGCGUCCAACGACGAGCUGGCCGAGGAGAGCCGCAGAGCCGAGGAGAGCCGCCGCGCCGAGGCCGAGCUGGCCGCGCUGCGCAGCGAGCUGGCCGACACGGCUGCCGAACUUGAGGACUUCCGCUUGGCGCACGUCGACGCCGAGGCGCAGAUGCGCGGCGAGAUCGAGCAGCUGCAGCACGACCACGACCAGGCUGCCGCCGCGCGCGCCGCUGCGGAGGCGCAGCUGGCUGAGUCGCGCAUGAGCCGCGAGGAGCUGGCCACUGAGCUGUCCAAGGAGCUGGCCGCCGCGCGCCGCACAGCCCAGGAGCUGCAGGCGCGGCUCGAAGAGAACGAGUCCAUCAAGGACAGCUUCCAGCAGCGCAUCACCACGCAGUCGCAGGAGUACGAGGACCUCAAGGAGCGGUACGACCAGGACGCUGUUGCGCGCGCGCGCCAGCUCGAGGACGCCAACCAGGAGGCCUUCGCCGCGCUGGACGACGUGCGCGCCGGCUACGCCGAGCUCGAGACGCGCUGCCAGGCGCUUGAGACCGACCUGGCCGCGCGCGACAGUGCCAUUGCUGGCCUGAAGGCGCAACUCGGUGAGGUUGACGCCGACACUGCCAGCCUGAAGGCGCAGCUUGCCCAGCGCAAUGCCGACGCUGCCGGCCUCAAGGCGCAGCUCGCCGACCGCGAGGCCGAAGUUGCCGAUGCGCGCGCCCUGGUGCAGCGCGAGCAGGCGCACACCGUUGAUCUCGAGGAGGCCAACGCCGAGUUCAAGGCGCAGUUCGACGCGCUGAGCGUCCAGCUCGAGGCAACACGCGGCCUCAGCAACAGCCAAGUCGCUGGCCUCGAGGACAAGCUGGCUGUGCUGGCCGCUGAGCUUGAGGCCGCGCGCAGCCUGGGCUCCGGCCACGCGGCGCAGAGCCAGGAGCACGCCGACAUGGCGGCUGAUCUGCGCCAGAAGUUGGCGGCCGCGCAGGAGGCGAAGGAGCGUUGGGACGCGCAGCACCGCGAGAUGCAGGCCAAGCUGACGCAGGAGCUGGCCGCCAAGGAGGCUGCCGCCGAGGACACGCGCCAGGCGCUGCUGGCCGAGGUCGCCGCGCUGGGCGCAAAGGCCGACACGGAGACCGCUGCGCGCGAGCGCGCCGACCGCGAGCGCGACCAGGCUGCGGCCGAGCUGCAGCGCACCAAGCAGGCCGCCGACUCGUCCACGCGCGUGCGCGAGGAGGUCGAGGCUGCCAAGCGUGAGCUGGCCGCCAAGCUGCGCACAGCCGAGGCCGACGCCGAGGCUUUGCACAAGGCCGUCGACGACUACAAGGCGCUGGCCGACCGCCACGAGCGCAAGAGCGCGGCGCUGCAGGACUCGCUGCAGGCGCGCGACCUCGAGCUCACGCAGCUGACGCGCAAGAUCCAGCGCACCGAGCGGCGCCUCGAGGAGGUCAUGGCCCAGGCCGCCUACCACCUGGACGCGCGCAACCGCCUGGACAGCGAGAACGUCGAGUUGCGCGAGAAGCUCGAAGAGGCCUACCGCCAGGACGCGACCAGCUACCGCGACCUGGGCCAGCACUCCACGGCGCGCGGCCUGGGCGGCCCGGGCGCCAGUGCUUCGGCCGCCGAUCUUGCGGCUGCCGAGGAGCGCGUGCGUGCGCUCGAGGACUCACGCCAGGGGUUGACGUCGGCACUGCACGCUGCGCAGCGCGAGGUCGAGGACAAGCAGCACGAGCUGGUCGACCUGGACCGCAGCUUUGGCUCGCUGCAGGACGAGCUCGAGCGGUCCCACGCGGCCCUGCUGCUGGCCGAGCGCGAGCGCAACGAGGCGCGCGACACGCUGGCCAGCUUCAAGGAGCAGCUCACAGCCGAGCGCUCGCUGCGCGGCAACAACGAGGAGCUGUCCAACAGCCUGAGCGAGAAGCUCGAGCACCUGCGCGAGUCGCUGGCCACGUACGAGUCGUCGCUGCGUGACGCUGGCCACGAGCGUGAGCACGCUGAGAAGAUCGCCGCCACCGCACGUGCCGAGGCCGCCGACGCGCGCGCCGCGCUGGACGAUGCUGUUGGCGCGCGCGACGCCGCCGAGGAGCAGGUGCGCGCGCUCGAGGCCCAGGCGCUCGAGCUGCAGUCCAAGCACGAUGACGCCGCCGUGGCCAUCGCUGAGCUCCAGCACGUGCGCGACGGCCUGCAGCGCGAGCUGUCGGCAAUCUCCGACCGUCACCUCGGCGACUACGACGAGCACGACCGCGUUAUCGACGAGCUGCGUGCCACGUACCAGGCCGAGCUGGAGGACACCACACGCGAGCUCGAGGCCACCAAGAAGGACCACAUUGACCUGCGCGAGGCGUACAUCAACCUCGACAGCUCGCUGGCCCUCAAGAGCCAGGAGCUCGACCGCGCCAACGAGGAGGCUGCCGACGCGCGCAAGGAGCUGCAGCGCGUCAUGGCCAAGCUCGAGGAGAUUGCCCCUGCCUACGAGGCUGCCCGCGACGCCGCCAAGGCCGCCGAGGCCGAGCUGGAGACCGCCCGCCACGAGCGCGACUCGGCCGUCGCCAAGGCGGCCGAGGCCACCGUCAUCCUCGAAGAAAUACGCGUUGUCAAGGAGAAGCUUGAGACCCGCCUGGAUGAGGUGCAGAACAAGUACAUCGAGGCCAGCCAGGGCCGCCAGACGGCCGAGAAGGCUGCCUUGCAGCUCGAGGACGAUGUGCGCUCGGCCCGCGCCAAGCUCGAGGAAAUCAACGACGACCACACGUCAGCCGAGGAUCGCGUUGCGCGGCUCGAUGCUGUCAUUGCCGACGCCCACUUGGCCCUCGACAAGGAGCGUGAGGCCAACACCAUUCUCACCAAGGAUAAGAACGCGCUCGAGAAGCACCUCAAGGAUCUCAAGCUGCGAAUUGUCAAGCUCGAGACCGAGGCCGUUGCCGUGCAGGCCAAGGGCAACAAGCGCCUGCAUCCUGUGCCUGCCGACCUGGCCACGCGCGUCGAGGCCCAGGCCAAGGUCUCUGUCGAGGCGCAGCAGAAGUCUCGCCAGAUGGAGCGUCAGCUCCGCGAGCUGCAGUUUCAAAUGGCGAAAAGGACAAGUCUAAGCAGCGCAUUGAGAUUGAUGUCCAGCGCAUGGCCAGCCGCAUCAAGCGUCUCGAGGAGCACGUGA